ACCCCGACAACCAACAACACUACCAACAACAAAGCCAUGGAAGAUGUGUGGGACGGCAUCAACCUCACUUCCUUAAGCGGCCACAACACCAACACUACCCCCACCUCCAAAGGUGCAAAUUUUCAAGACUUUCUAGCUCGACCCUUUAACAGCUUCACCGUGGACACAUCUCCGGUGACUGCUCUCACCUUGAGCACGCGCUCUGAGUACCCUCCUCCGCAAAAGGACCUGCAAUCGGUGCAUACUGCUUCAAAGACCGAACCUUUUGCCCACCCAUUUUCGAAUAAAAGAGCCACACCAUCUUCAAGGGACAUGCGUGACGCACGACUCAUGAAGAAUCGUGAAUCUGCUGCUCGAUCCAGAGCCAGAAAGCAGGAAAAUAUUGCUUCUUCUUCAACUCUUAGCUUUAGAGUGUCACCAAAAUCCACUGUUUCGGGUUUUUUGCUUAACAAUGAUCUUUGUCCGUUUUGCUUUUUCUGUGUAGGCUUACUUGUUUGAGUUGAAGCAAAAAAUCAAGCAGUUGCGAGAAGAGAAUGCAAGACUCAGAAGAGAGCAGCAACUGCAGUUGGGAGAAAUAGCAACGAAUAAGUGGAAGAAGGGCAAUCUAUAUCGAACAUAUACAGCACCAUUUUAAGAAGCAUGUUACUAUUAGAGUGUUCCUUUUACCCAGAGGCGCACGUUCCACUGAGACAGAAAUGUACCCUUUAAAGUAUGAAUAUAUGAUGAUGUAACUUUCACAGCAUUAUGUGGCCCUAGCUUGGUAGUUGUAGAUAUUAAGCUCCAUCUUCCA